UAAAACUAUUUAAUUAAAAUUGAGAGCCAAUGGGUUUAAUGGCAUCGCUGGAUGUAAUUCCUAGUGACUAUACAAUAAAAUACGUAAAUUCACUGAUUCCUUCUAAUAUUGCUGGACUAGGACACCAAUUUAAGUCUAACAAAGCGAGAACAAUCAGAGUUAAGAUUGCUAAGAAUAUAAUAGAGGAUAUUCGCUGACCAGACGCUGAUUUGACUGUAGGCUGGCUUUUAAGCGAGGUUACUAGGCGGUACGAUAAGCAUUUUGAAGCAGAAAUCGGUCAGAAUAAGGAUAAUAUUUAUAAAUAAGAAGCUAUUGAUCGGGUUAAAGACGAUAGAAGGCUUCCCAGCUCUUGAUUAUUACCUUAAUUUCUUAGACAAUUGACUCAGGCCACUUAAAAAUGGGACGACUCUUGCUGUACAUUAUGCUAAAUUAAAAGAAGGAGAUGAUUUGGAAAAUGAUCAAUACCGACAGCCAAUUGGGAAAGAUGAUUUCCAUUUCUUGAAAGUUAUCGGAUGAGGAGGAUAUGCCAAUGUAGUGUUAGCUCGGAAGAAAGAUAGCGGAAGACUAUAUGCAAUAAAAAUAAUCAAAAAAGAUCAUCUUUAUGUCAGUACAAGGAAAAGUGUAUACACAUCUGAAGCAGAAAUUAUGAGGAAGCUUAGUGGGUCACAAUUUAUUGUAGGAGUGAACUAUACCUUCCAAACCGAGACUGAGAUUUACUUUGUUAUGGAACCUUGCAUUGGCGGAACUCUUUUUCAUCUUCUCACUCAUUUUCCUAAAGGAACUUUGAAUGCACAAGCGAUCAAGUUUUAUAUGGCGGAAGUAAUAGUUGCUCUGGAAAAGAUACACUCAAAAAAUAUAAUCUACAGAGACUUAAAACCAGAGAAUAUUUUGAUUGAUAUUGACGGUCAUAUUAAGCUAGCAGACUUCGGUUUAUCAAAACAAUUGCAAGAUUUAGAUGAAUUAAGCACCACAUUCUGAGGUUCACCUGAGUAUUUACCACCAGAAAUGAUCUGAGGGUACAUGCACUCUGUCUCUGUUGACUUUUACACUCUCGGUUGUUUACUGUAUGAAAUGAGUGUAGGUUUUCCUCCUUUCCAUUCUCCUAACAAAAGGGACUUGGAUAGGCGAAUAGUCCAUGCUUCACCAAGAUUUCCUAGUGAAAUGGAUUCUGAGACUGUUGAAUUGAUAAACUGGCUGCUCUCUAAGCACCCAGCUGAUAGGCCUGAGUAUAUUAGUGACAUCAAAGAGCAUGAGUAUUUCAAAGAUAUCGAUUGGGACCAAAUUGAGGACAAGAAGGCAAUUCCUCCUUGGAUUCCUGAUUUGACAAAAUGGCAUGCUCCCAAGAGUUUCACUAGCAUUCCUCUUAGUAGAGUGUUCUUAAAGGUUAAGAAAGGUAAACCAUUCAAGAGUUCGAGUGCCAACCCCAAAGAUAAGCACGAUAGAGAAUUCAAGAAGAGCAUUUAUGCUCACGACCAAAACUCUCAUAGAAUUCACCGAAACGAACAGAAAUUUUUAUAAAGAACGAUGAUUUGUACUUGCCAGAAUUCGACCACGAGAUCGAGUCCAAAGAGGAGAAAUCAAUCCGGACACAGAUUCUAUUCUACCUCCAAACUAAAGGAAUCAAGGCCAAGUCUAUCAUGAGUAAAACUGAGAAAACUAAGUGAUCUGAGAAUUUUAAGGAAGAAGAAAAGAAGGAAGAAACGGAGGUUUAUGAGAGUAGCGACGGUGAAAUCUCCCUCUCUUCUAUUUCAGAUGCAAGGAAUUCAAUGACCAAAUACUUUUAUGACCCUAGUAUUAUGAGAAAUAAUAAGCAUUGUUUAGGAGGAGCAACUGGCAAAUUUCACCCAGUUAUUGAUAAGGAUAAGUCCAACAAAUUUAGUACAGACUUAAAUAAAAUAAACAAUGAGAGUCCUCCGAGGUUGGAGAAAAGAGUAGCCCAAGCAUAAAUAACUAAAAGGGCACUUGC